AGAUUCCAUUAUUGUGUUUCCCAAAAAAGGAAAGUGGAAAGAAAACAAGCUUGGUGAUCUGGAGGUAUAUUGAAUAUACAAUGUCUCAGCUUCUCUCCCGUCUCUCCAAACUCUCGUCCCGGAACAAGACUGUUCUUAAACACAAGAACUCUCGUUUGUUAUCAACCAGCCCGUAUCUGAUUGUUGGCGUAUUUGCCGAAGAUGCUAGGGCAAGAGGUGGCGGCUUUCUCGGUGAUAUCCUCUUGUUCGACCCGGCAAAGGAAGAGUUACUCACCGUGCGCGACAAAACAGUGUCCGAAGAGCUUAUUUGCUCAAAAGUGAUGGGAGCGUCACAUGGAUGGGGUUUUUUCUCUGAUCUGCGCAAUCAUAACUCCGUACGUAUCACCGACUUUUUUAAUCCACUGGCUUCCAAAUCAGACAGCAAGAUAAUUCCUCUGCCUCCUCUUACUAGUAUGAUCUAUGGCCAAACCGAAGUGGUCUGGAACGUGGCCAUGUCGUCCUCUUCUCCUUAUCGUCAAGACAACGAGGAAGGAGACUGUGUAGUGGCUAUCAAGUUCUUGGGUAAUCAGUUGAGCAUGUGCAGGCCUGGGCGUGACCUAGCUUGGACUAACAAACUGAUCCCUUUCGUCGGCUUCGAAAACUCAAACCUCAUGUAUUCAAAGAGAGAUCAAAGGUUCUCCCUGCCUGCUCCUGGAGGCAACUACUUAUGCUCUUGGGAUCUCCACUUCGAGAACGAACCUAAGUUCACUGAGUUGGUGUUCCGAAACCUUCCUGAGUUGCCUCAGUCCGAAUGGGAGCUGAUGGAUUCUUGUUUCAGGGAGGACCAUUGGGUGGAGUCACCUUCCGGCCAAAGUUUCCUAGUCAAAUGGUACUCUCAUGUACCUCCUAUAAGAUGCAAAGAGCCGAUGGUUAUGGUGUUUAGAGAGGACCAAGACACAAACGAGGGAACAAAAACCAUGUCUUACACCGAGGACAUAGGAGAUCUUUGCAUAUUCCUUUCGAAAAGCGAACCUUUCUGCGUUGUGGCUAGCUCUUUCCCUGGUCUCAAGCCCAACUCCAUCUACUUGAUGGGCCGUUGCUUUGCUGUUUACGAUAUAACCACUAAAACCUCCCGUCACUUUGAACGUCCCAAAGGUGUACCAGAAAGUCUUACUAAUUUCCUCCCUUACUGGCUUCCUCCAUUUUCUAUCUAGUUCUAUGGUGUGUUGUAUUUCGAUUUCAGUACUUUCUCUCGAGCGUUUGGAUCGCUAUGAUCUAAGCUUAUAAUCAUCUUAAUUUAUGGUAUGUGACACUUGUUCUUCUAGAAAUUUUGGCCCCCA